AUGUCCUCAGAAGCUCCCCAGCCAGCCCCAGCAGCCAAACCAAUCCGAUACAUUGAUAUUGGCAUCAACUUCACCGAUCCUGUCUUCCAUGGCCUCUAUCACGGCACCCAACGCCACGCCUCCGACUUCCCCUCUAUCCUGCAACGCGCCCUAGAUGUCGGCUGCCAGAAAUUCAUGGUCACCGGCUCCGACCUCGCCGAAUCCAAACACGCCAUUGAAAUCGCAAAAGCCCAGCCAGGCCUCUGCUACGCAACCGUAGGCGUCCACCCUUGUUCCGCACACCAAUUCGACACCUAUCCCGGUGGACCCGGCGCCCUGUUAUCCGCCUUGAAAGAAGUGGCCCUGGACGCAAAAGCAACGGGUCACGCCGUGGCCUUUGGCGAAAUCGGCCUCGACUACGAUCGCUUGUUUCUCACGCCCAAGGAGCAACAGCUCAAGUACUUUGAAGCCCAGCUCGAGCUGGCAGUGGAAUUGCAACUCCCGCUCUUUCUGCACUCGCGCGCUGCAAGCGAGGAUUUUGAGCGCCUGCUGACGGCCAAGCUCGAGUCGUUGCCCAAAAGAGGAUUGGUUCAUAGUUUUACCGGCACGGUUGAGGAGAUGCAGAGACUGGUGGAUUUGGGCUUUGAUAUUGGGGUGAAUGGGUGUAGUAUGAAAACACCCGAAAACAUCGCCGUAGCCCAGAAAAUCCCCCUCUCGCACCUACAUCUCGAAACCGACGGUCCGUGGUGCGAAAUGCGACCCUCGCACGCCUCGGCCGCCUAUCUCAAGGACGCGCCACCGCUCCCCAAGGCGGUCAAGAAGGAGAAGUUUGUAGAGGGGUGCAUGGUCAAGGGGCGGAAUGAGAGCGUGGCCAUUACUCAUGUUGCGUGGGCGGUUGCGGGGAUCAAGGGCGUCAGUGUCGACGAGGUGGCGGAAGCGGCAUGGAGGAAUUCGGUCAAGAUGUUUGGGUUGGGAGAGAAGGUGGAGUAA